ACGAAAAUAUAAUUGACUGUGAUUUAUUCCUGUUUUCAUGUUAAUUUGGGAGAACAAGAAAAGUAGUCUAAAUAAUGAAUACGAAAACACGUACUUGAUUCCUAAUAUAUAAUACGUGUUUUCAAGAUAAAUAUGCAUGUGUGUACCUCUUUCGGCUUGAAACUGUUGUAAAUUCUGUUUCAAGCCGUCCUACUCAAACACCGUAGAAGAAGAAACGAAAAACAACGAAGAAGAAGACAAGCCAUCAUGGCGGUGCCGGCAGGGCGCACGGUGGUGUUUGUAACUGGAAAUGCGAAAAAACUCGAAGAGGUAGUUCAGAUUCUCGGCGACAAGUUCCCCUACAAACUUAUCUCAAAGAAAAUUGACCUCCCUGAAUACCAAGGAGAACCAGAUGAUAUUUCCAUACAGAAGUGUAAGGAGGCUGCAAAAGAGAUUGAUGGACCGGUCAUAGUGGAGGACACUUGUCUGUGUUUCAAGGCAUUGGGAGGCUUGCCAGGCCCUUACAUAAAGUGGUUCCUGGAUAAACUCAAGCCAGAAGGCUUGUACAAACUCCUCGCUGGCUUUGAGGAUAAAUCCGCGUUGGCCCUCUGCACAUUUGCCUACACGUCCGGAAAAGAUGAACCGGUGCAGCUGUUUAGAGGAGUAACACAGGGGCAUAUCGUUGAGCCAAGGGGACCACGAGACUUUGGAUGGGACCCCUGUUUCCAGCCCGAAGGCUAUGACGAAACCUACGCGGAGCUGCCUAAAGAAAUCAAGAACUCCAUCUCUCACCGGUACCGCGCGCUAGCAGCCAUGUCAGAGCACUUUUCAACAACUGCCAAGAGGCAGAAGACUGACGACUGAGUCUGUGUACACUGUAGAUGUGGUAGAAUCUACUACAAGUGAGCUCCAUGUGUGCUUCCUUUCAUUUUUUCAUAAUAAAUGUUUGAGUCAUUUUUUUUAAACACA